GUAAACUAAAUAACAAACACAGGCCAUGACAAACUGCUUUGCCAACAAUUUAAAAACUCCAACUGUUUAUUUUCUAUUUUACCAAAUAUAAAUGGAAAGUAAAGUGUCUAAUUUCCAAGCAGAAGACCCUUAUUCUUCGGAUCUAAUUGAGAAAAUAUCGUUCAAAGCAUGUGAAUUAACGAUUCAAGUUAAGAAACUUUUAAAAGGUAAACGUGAUGCAGAUCUGCACUUAGAAAUACUAAAGAAAAAGUUUAGCAUACACUUAGAAAGAGUUCGAGAGUCUUUAAAAGAAAAAAGAAAGUGGAUUGAAAAUGAAAAAGUUACAGUUGGUGAUAGAAAAGAAUCAACAAAAAAUGUGAACUUUCUUCUCCAAAAAAAUGAACAGCUUCUUACAUUAGUGGAAACAAAUGAUGGAAUUUUAGAUCAACCUGGUUCUGAAAAUGAUGCUAUAAAACAAGCAUUAAAUCAGCUAAAUAAAGCUAUUGAAGCUGCAAAGAACUGUAAGUUUGAAGCAGAGAAAUCAGAAGAUGAACUUAAAAACAGUAAUGAGACAGAUAUUCAUCAGUAUGAGGAACAAGUUAAAUUAUUGAAAACUGAACUAAAGGUAAAGAAUAACAUAGAAAAAGAAUCUCAGAAAGAACUCACACGAAUGAAAACAAAGCUUCAAACCCUAGAUCAAGAAAUUGAUUAUAAUAAAGUUCGCAUUAAAAAUAUUCAAGAUGAGAAUAAGUACCUUAAAAAAUACAAACGACUAGAGUCAGAAAACCUUGAAAUCCGAAAACAACUAAGACAAACAAAAUUCUCUGCCAUAGAUGAAUCAAUUUUAAAGGAGAGAGACAAUGAAAUAUCGCGACUGAAAAAGGAAUUGCAGAUUUAUCGAUUGGAGCUUUUAAAUAGAGAGAAGAAUUUUAAUUUCGUUUUCACAAAGCAACAGCCAGUAAUUAUGGAGGAAUUGUGGCCUAGCUCACCCAUACGAUAUGACUUAACUGGUAAAAAGCUCAGAUGUCUAUCCUAUCCAACAUCACCACAACUUCCUUCGCUUCCAUCAACACCCGCUAUGCACAUGCUUCGAAGAUAAAGGUUUUGCAGUUCGCAUGUUUUUAUCGAUGAAAUCUGGAAGAUCUGUAAAAAUAUAAAUCUAGGUAUGCCAUAACGCAUUAAUUGGAUCAAGUUGGAUAUUUUAAAACCGUGUUUCUCAUUAGUUAAAGCUAAAUGAUUUUGUUAUUGGGCCGAAAUUGAUGGCCUAAAUUCGAAGUUAUAGCUCUAGUAUAAAUUCAGCUUUCCUUUGCAUCUUGAAAUAUCCCUCCACAAGAACAGAAAAACGCAUUUCUCCGGUACACCGUAAUAAUCUUUGAAUAUAUUUAUUUGUUGUAAAUUUUGAAAUAUUUUCUGUUUUUGUCACCUAAUGUAAAUAUAUAGACCAGUAUAUGACAAUAAUUUCUGAGUGAAGCGGAGGUCAAUUUAACAGAACUUUUAUAUAUAAUACAUACAACAUGAAACAUGAAACCGAAGAUAUUGAACGUGCAAAAAUAAAAAUAAAAAACAGUGAAAAGUUGACAUUUGAUUAAAAAUAACAUGAGUAAAAUUUAAUCCAUCACAGUAUAUUAUGAGAGAUGUUCAUGGUACGAUUUAUGCCCUUAAUCUACGUAGCUAAACAAAGCAGGCUAGAUUGUAAUGUUAAAAAACAUAUUUUGGUUCUAAUAAUAAACGAUGCGGAUGACAGCCGGGUAUAAAAAGCGUUACGUUCUCUGAUCAUACCAGCAUAGAUAUACAAUAACAUAAAACUAAGAUCCAAGGAAACGAUAAUUGAUUUAGUUUAUGACUUAUUAUGAUUCUUGGGAAUGUUUUUAAAUUUUUAAAAUAUUUUUGUAUUUUUUUACGAAUAUUUUGAACUACUUUUGUAAAUAUAAAUAACAUUGUGAAA